CAUACUGUCCAUAAACGGAGAUCCAUUGAUAUGACAGAAGCUGUGGAUAUGGGUGGACGUGCUUGGUCGCUCUGAUCUGGGGACUAUCUUGUAGAAAUGCAGCUCUCUACACAUUAAAGAUAGUGGUUUGCAUCCAAGGGUUGGAUCUCAUUUCUUUGAUCACACUUUUGGGUAUUCUUCAGGUCGAUAAUUGGCAUUCCAGGUCCAUCAUGGCAGCCAUACAUCCUCUCGAUCCUAUACAGCCGCAAGAGAUACGAAAUGCUGCAUUACUGUUGCAGAAAAGGUUCCCACAGGCCACGAUUCGCUUCAAAGUCAUCGAUAUGUUUGAACCACCCAAAAAUGAGGUCUUCGCUCACAUCCAGAUGGGAAAGAAGCCCAGUGGCUCGUCUGAUCGUCGAGCUCAAAUAUAUUUCCACCGCGACAAAUCCUCUGUGAUGUCAAAAGCGAUCGUGAACGUUUCACAGGCCACUGUGGAAAAGGUCGAAGAUCUACCAGACGUGCAAGGUCCAGUAGAUCUGGAAGAAUGGGAAGCUGUGCAUGAUGCUUGCAACAGCCACCCAAAGGUCCAAGAGGAGAUUGCGAAAUUGAGGUUACCACCGGGAGCCAAGGUCAUCAAUGACCCAUGGGCAUUUGGAACCGACAAUGUCGAGGAACGAAGACGUCUAUUUCAAUGCUACAUGUACAUUGUGCUCAGCGAUGACCCAGAAAGCAACCACUACUCGAUACCUGCACCGAUAUCGCCUGUUUUCGACGCAAAUACGCUCGAGCUUCUCUGGAUCGAUAGGCUUCCUCUGGGCUCUGGUUCCGAGGCAGACCAAGAAACUCAACCAUGGCUCCCAACCAAGCCUAUCGAAUACAGUGCUUCAAUUCUGGGCGACGCUUACUUUAGACGAGAUCUAAAACCACUCCAGAUCGUUCAACCAGAGGGACCGUCAUUCUCUGUCGAGAAAAACAUCAUUUCCUGGCAAAAGUGGCGAUUUCAUCUAGGUUGGACACUGCGUGAAGGGCCUGUUAUUCAGAACGUUACCUACGACGGCCGCUCCCUCUUCUAUCGAGUGUCCAUGAGCGAGAUGACCGUACCAUACGGUGACCCACGAACUCCAUACCACCGAAAACAGGCCUUUGACCUCGGAGAUUCCGGUUUCGGCAUUAUGUCCAAUAGUCUACGUCUGGGCUGUGACUGCCUCGGCCUGAUCAAGUAUUUCGACGGCUGGAGAUGUACGAGCAAAGGAGAGCCCGUAUUGAUGAAGAAUGUCGUCUGUAUGCAUGAGGUGGACAACGGCAUCGGCUGGAAACACACCAACUAUCGCAACGGAGAGACCUCGGUCGUCCGUGACCGACAACUAGUGAUUCAAUGCACCGCGACGCUGGCCAACUACGAAUACAUACUGGCCUUCGUGUUCGACCAGGCUGCCAAUCUCCGUGUCGAGGUCAGAGCGACAGGCAUCGUCUCUACAAUGCCAAUCCGCUCCGGCAUUCACUCAGACUGGGGCACCGUCGUGGCUCCAGGCGUCCUUGCCGUCCACCAUCAACACAUCUUCAGUGUCCGCAUUGACCCUGCUCUUGACGGACAGGCGAAUUCUAUCCUUUACGAGGAUUGUGUGCCGCUUGCGGAUCCCGAAUCUGAUCCAUUUGGAUGCGCUUUCAAAGUCCAGAGCAAUACCAUCACGAAGCCAGGAGGCUACGAGCUCGAUCUCACCAAGGCGAGAACCUACAAGAUUGUGAAUUCAGCCUACCAUAAUCCCAUCUCCAAGAAACCGGUCUCUUAUAAGCUUCAUGCUUUGCCUUCACAGAUGAUGAUGAUGGGCGAAAAGGGUUUCAACCGUAAACGAGCUCUUUUUGCUACUAAGCCCAUAUGGGUCACCAAAUACGGUGACGACGAGUUGUACGCGGCCGGCGAAUUCACGAACCAGAGCCGCGAAGACACGGGUCUUGCGGUCUGGACGAAGAGGCCAGACCUGGUCAGCGACGAAGACGUGGUACUUUGGCACACAUUCGCCAUCACCCAUGUUACCAGGCCUGAAGCUAACAUGCACCCCUUCUACGCAGAUUUCCCCGUGAUGCCCCACGAAGGCAUGUCAAUCAUGUUGAAACCAAGCAACUUCUUCGAGUCGAAUCCCAGCAACGAUGUUCCCAGAUCCAGCCAGGCUGUCCACCACUCGGCCCGUCUUUGA